AUGCUGCGCUUAGGGGGACUUCACUGCCCCAUGGAGCCCAGCCCUAGAGCCCAGUUCUCCCCUCUCCAAGUCCUGGGUCUCCAGCCUCUGUGGUUGGCUCUUCUGCUAGGACGGCCAGUCACUCCCCACCAAUCGCAGGCUGCUAGCCUUUUGCUAAUGCUUCCUCUUUCCCUUCCAGGAGCCUUUGAUCUGGUUCAGCAAGACAGGAGAGGGCGGAAGGAGCCGGAGGCUGCAAUCUGGGGGGGACCCAGUUCCUGCAGUGCCAGGAGACCUACCCAGAGUCCGCCUGUGAGGAUGUGGCUGUACCUGGCCGCCCUGCUGGGGCUGUACUUCCUCCACCGAUGGUACCGGGAGCGGCAGACUGUGGAGAACCUCCGAGAGAAAUACGUCCUGAUCACCGGCUGCGACUCCGGCUUCGGGAACCUGCUGGCCAAGCAGCUGGACGUGCAGGGCCUGCGGGUGCUGGCGGCUUGUCUCACCCAGCAGGGCGCGGAGCAGCUGAGGAAGGCGACGUCGCAGCGGCUGCAAACGGUGAUCCUGGACGUCACCCGGACCGACAGCAUCGCCGCGGCCGCCGCCUGGGUGAAGGAACAAGUGGGGGACAAAGGGCUCUGGGGCCUGGUGAACAAUGCGGGGAUCGCCAUCCCCGCGGCCCCCAACGAGUGGCUGACCAAGGACGACUUCGUCAAGGUGCUGAACGUGAACCUGAUCGGCCUCAUCGAGGUGACCCUCAGCGUCCUGCCCCUGGUGAAGCGAGCCAGGGGCCGGGUCGUCAACGUGGCCAGUAUAAUGGGCCGAUUGUCCUUCUUCGGAGGGGGCUACUGCCCUUCUAAGUACGGCGUGGAGGCGUUCUCCGACAGCCUCCGGCGUGAGAUGCUGCCUUUCGGGGUGAAGGUGUGUGUGAUCGAGCCGGGCUACUUCAGCACCACAAUUACCAACCCUCAGGUCAUUAUCGAGAACUUCACUCGCCUCUGGGAGCGGCUCCCCGAGGAAACCAAAGCGAGUUACGGGGAGAGUUACUUAAACACCUUUAUCCGUGCCACCCACAACUUGCAGAAAUCCUGCAACUCCGACCUGUCCAUCGUCACCCGUUGUAUGGGGCACGCGCUGAUGGCUCGCCACCCCUGCACCCGCUACUCCGCCGGCUGGGACGCCAAGCUGGUCUUCCUCCCGCUGAGUUACCUGCCCACCUGGUUCGCCGACAUCGUGCUGACGUGGUCCUACCCAGUACCGGCCCAAAAAGCAUAG